CCCAGAGGGCUUGACGGGCUUUCUGCAGCUCCUUCGAAGCGUGCCUCGCAUUCACGCCCACGUACGGGAGCUUCAUAUCCGCUUCUCAUGGUUCGGGAUGCCGACGCCAGCCCCUAUAAUCCAGGGUAGCGACCACUUGUCGGACGUUCACCAUCCUGAUUCCUUUGGGCUUCUUGGCGUUGAUAUUUCCGGCUUCGAACCAGGACGCUACGUCCGGUAUCAUCAUGUCGUCAAAACGACGCCAGCGGGGCUGAUGGACAUAGUAAACGUCCUCCCCGCCCUUCAAUGCUUGGAUCUUCACGGAGAUCCAUUCGACCCGGCGCUGCCAAGUCCGCCACACCACUCGGUUCAGGCUUCACGAGAUCUUGACAACCUUUGCUUGUCAGGUCUUCAAGAGGACACGGGCUACGAGCAGCUGUCGCAGUUCCUGCAGUGCUUCCAACGCAUUCGUGUCCUGGCACUGGACGACCUCAGCUGGAACCAUCUGUCCACUCCGGGAAUACACGUCUCGGGUCCCUUUCCCUCUGUUAACACCCUGAAACUGGAUGAAAAUGCACUUUCGGCCUACUGGAUCUCCGCUUUUGCUUCCAUGCUGGACCUCAGAUCGCUUUUUGUACUGAAUAUUUGGGACACUGCGAUAACCUGGGACGGUCUCAGGGCGACGCAUGACCUCGUUAGCCGCUGUACGAGCCUCACAGCCCUCACCUGCUCUUGCUUCAAUACCAUAGUCAUCACGCAAUGUCCCUUCCCGUGUUCGACGCUCCGCCUCCUGCAUUUCCGCGGCGAAUGCACCUUCAAUGGGCUUCUCGAGACUACCGAAUCUCCCUGGCGAGGCAUAGCAGAGGUAAUGGGCUCCCCCUUAACCAUUUCUGUCAACGAGCUCGUUGUCGAUUUCACGAUCGUCGAAUCGACCGGCCGCAACCGGCUGCCAGUGAGCGACAAAGUGGCUGAGUCUCGCUUGAAGGACACGUUGGCGUCCCUCGGAUGGCGGCUCCUUGACGAUCUCCUCCCAAGGCUCCGAUCACUGAAUUCUCCGUAGACCUCUUACGCCCGGUAGGAGACGGACAUCGCUGGCGGUCGCUGAUACAGCGGCUGGUCCUGGAUCUUGUCUCCCCCCGUGUCCGUCAGAUUAUGCGGUUACCCGUGGAUGUCCAGGUCUCUACCAU